CGGCGCGCGCAUUAGCCCCACCCCUUCACGCCGGAAGCUCCUCGAAGGCGGGGGUGGCGGGUGUCUGUCUCCCCAGGCACAAGCAGCUUGGGGCCGGGGGCUCAGACCCGACAGCGGACCCUCCCUGACUUCCUGCCGGCCCGGGCGUCUCCUCGGCACUAUCAUGAGCCACGCCCGCGGGCGCGCAGGCGCGGUAACCCCGGGGAGGCGGUCGCUCAGGGGUCAGGGGGAGGGGCGCGACGCCACAGUUGAGCGGAGCAGAAUCGCCAUGGCUCGCGUGUUGGUCGUGGGCGCUGGGCUCACGGGUGGCCUGUGUGCGGCGCUGCUGAGGCGGGGACGCCCCGCGAGCGUGGCCGUGUGGGAGCAGUCACGCGACUCAGGGGGAAGAAUGACCACAGUCCAGAGUGCGCAGGACCCCCACUGCAGGGCAGACCUGGGGGCUCAGUAUAUCACGUGCACGCCCCGCUCCGCCCAGCAGCAUCACAGCUUCUACGAGGAGCUCCUGACCAGCGGGGUCCUGAAGCCGCUCGCCGCUUGCAUCGACGGCCUGGUGGGGAAAGAAGGGGAUCGCAACUUCGUGGCCCCCCACGGCAUCUCCACCGUCGUGAAGCAUUUUCUGAAAGAAUCAGGGGUGGAAGUCUCCUAUGGGCACCGAGUAACCGAGAUCUACCUCAAAGAUGACAAGUGGGAAGUCCACAGGGACAUGGGAGGCUCAGAGCUGUUCGACAUCAUCAUCCUCACGAUGCCCGUUCCCCAGAUCCUUCAGCUCCAGGGGGACAUCAAGAACUUAAUUAGUGAAAGUCAGAAGCAGCAGCUGGCCUCCGUGCGCUAUUCCUGCCGUUUCGCCCUGGGCCUCUUUUACGAAGCUGGCACGCAGAUUGACGUCCCCUGGGCCGCCCAGUACGUCCCCAAGAACCCCUACAUAUGCUUCAUCUCCAUUGAUAAUAGGAAGAGAGACAUAGAUGCAGCCAACUUGGGCCCCUCGGUGGUCAUCCACACCACCACCUCCUUCGGGAUGGAGAAUUUGGAGAAGAACAUCGAGGACGUGCAGGACAUGAUCCUGCAGCAGGUGAGCGGCGUCCUGCCAGGCCUGCCCACGCCAACCAGCACCACGUGCCACCGGUGGACAUACUCCCAGGUGACAAAGGCCUUCCCCAACUGCCCGGGACAGAUGACUCUUCAUCAGAACCCCUUGCUCGUGUGUGGAGGUGAUGGCUUCACUCGGUCCAGCUUUGACGGUUGCCUGGAAUCUGCUCUACACAUCAUGGAGGCCUUAAAGCCUCAUCUGUAAUGCCCACAACACCUUGAUUUUUUCUUUUAGUUGGGAAGCUUUUCCCCCACAGAAUUGAUCUAUUCUUUGUUCCUCAGAAUAUAUUCUUGUGCUUUGUUGAAUAAAAUUACAAGAAAGUUGUCCUUUA